UCCUAAGUAUAAGUAUAAGAAAUUGAUUAUUUACUUAAGUAUUAUUUAGGUAAGAAAUUUAUUUUACUUAAGUAUAUUUGUUAUUCAUAAAGCAACUUAAGUAAUUUUUUGCUAAAAUAAAACUUAAGUAUACAAGAAAUUCUUAAGUAAAAAUGUUUCGUUCGGUAUAAUUUUUAGAAGAUUUACAGUGACGCAAACGGAUUUUCCGAGUGUAAUUUUAGUAACGGAAGUGUGACAAAUAUUUAUUUUUAAACCGGAAGCGGAUAUCUCGUCUGGUGGUAAACAUGGAGGAAACGACGGAAACGACUUCAAGUUCAAGUGUUCAGCCUCAGGCCUCCCUUGAGGCUUUUGAGAUGAAAGAAAGACGGGCCCCAAACUUCACUCAACAGGAUUGCGUUUUGCUGUGUGAAGUUAUGGGGUCACCGUGUCACCUCGAUGAAAAGAUUACCAAUCACGCGUAUCUAAAGCAGAGAUUUAGAUCCAAUGUUACAAGCCUUACAAAAAAGUUGGUAUGGAAGGAAGUGGCAGUGAGCUACAAUGCCUCGAGCAUUGUGCCAAGGAAAUCGACCGAUCUUGAUAAAAAGUGGAACAAUAUGAUAUUGGUUAAUAAAAAUCAUUUCCACGACUACAAAAGGAAAAUUAGUCAAACUGGAAAUUCAACAUCUGUACCUCAACUGAGCUUACUAACAAUAGCCGUAAUAGAUGUUAUAGGACCAGGGCCAUCACUUGAUGGAAUUUUUGGUGGUGGUGAUACCACUCUCCUUGGCACACAAGGGUAA